AUGGUUAGCAAACAACAGGACAGUAUUUUUAAAGAUAAGGACGACUUUAUAAAUGAUAUUUACAAUAAGUUUGUUACAAAAUUUGGAGUCUCAAUUAACUUUAGAUUCAACACUUCUCUAUCACGAGAAAGGGCAAGUUGGAAAAAAACGGAAAAGGAAACACUUUUCUGUGUUACAGAACGAAUAGAAUCCGUAAAGGCAGAAAUUCGCGAUACACAAAUAAUGAAAUCAGAAAUUCUAUCAAACUUAGAAUUCUACAUUAACACCGAGAUCCCACAAAUAAAGGCUAAUAUCGAAAACCUGAAUAAGAAAUUAGACAAUACCGAGCAAAUUGUAGGGAGUAAGGUAUCAACGGAUCUCAUAGCUUUAGCAGAUUUUCUCAGAUGCGAAAGCGCUAAGAUGAAUGAAAUGAAAAGGAAAAUACUCCUGGAAGUUAAUAGGGAUUUGGAGAAGCUUAGACUUCAUAUCAAAAAGGUAAGCCACAAACUAUUAUCUUAUACAUCAGAUACAUUUUGCAUAAUGUAA